CUUCCAAACUGGGCUCAACCUCCCCCAUCUUCUCCAUAAAACCCAAUGUCAAGAGCAGGGAAAUUGAAUCGAAUUUGGGGUCGACUGCCCUAAAUUGGAAUCCCACAACCGAGCAAGUAGCAAAAUGAAAUAAAUAACGCGGUUGAAGGAGAGAAAGUGGCCUGGGAGAUAUGGGGACUUAUCUGCCAUUUGCAGGGAUGGUAAUGGUGGAGUGUUUGGAUGUGGGAAUGACCACACUAAGCAAAGCGGCCAUGUCCAGAGGAAUGAGUCACUUUGUUUUUGUUGUCUACUCAAAUGCUCUUGCCACUCUCAUCCUCCUCCCUUCUUCUUUCAUAAUCCACAGAAAUAAGAGACCCCCAUUGACCUUCUCCAUUCUCUGUAAAUUCUUCCUUCUUAGCCUUGCUGGGAUAACUAUUAUGCAGAACUGUGUGUUCACUGGAGUAAGCUACAGCUCUCCCACUCUUGCUUCUGCAAUGAGCAAUUUGGUCCCGGCUUUCACUUUCUUUCUUGCUGUUAUCUUCAGAAUGGAAAAGUUAGAUUUGAGGAACUCAAUAAGCCAGAUCAAAAUCAUGGGCACCCUGGUAUCCAUAUCAGGAGCAUUGAUUGUCACUCUCUACAAGGGUGCUCCACUUUUUGGCACACCAGUUCAAUCAAUUCCUGACUCUUCUCCCUCGAACACCUCUUCGUCAACAUCAAUGAAUAAUUGGAUCAUUGGAGGCCUUUUUCUUGCAACAGCUUCUUCAUGUCUUGCAAUAUGGAAUACUGCUCAGGCUGCAAUUCUUAAAGGAUACCCCUCAGAGAUGACCAUAGUCUCCUUCUAUUCCUUAUUUGGAACCAUUCAGUGUACAAUACUUUCUUUGUUUGUUGAAAGGAAUCCAAGUGCCUGGACACUGAGGCCUGACAUUGAGCUUGCCUCUAUCUUCUAUUCAGCUAUUUGUGGAGGUGUUUUAACAUUCUCUGUGCAAACAUGGUGCAUAAAAAAGAAAGGACCUGUAUUUGUGGCUAUGUUCAAGCCUUUGGGGAUUGCCAUUGCUGCUUUGCUAGGCGCUAUCUUUCUAGGGGAAGAACUCCAUGUUGGAAGCCUUAUUGGAGCAGUGGUAAUUGUUGUGGGAUUUUACGGAGUAAUCUGGGCGCAAUCAAAAGAGGAAAAAGGUUUGGAUAUAAAAACAAAGGAAGAUGGUGAAUCCCAGGAGGAUGAGAUUGAUAGGCUGCAGUCGUCAUCUCAGAAGAAGCCUCUAUUGGAGAGCGAAGUACAUGUUUAAAACAUGUGUCAUGGCUAGAUGCAAUUACCACAUUAUCAUAUAUGUUUCAUGGCUAGAUGCAAUUACCACAUUAUCAUAUAUAAACUACAAUAACACUAGCGUUUUUUAUAUUCCUAGCAACAAGAAAAAAGUUCAUGUAUAUAUUGGGAGAACCUAUGGCAUAACAAAAUACAUAAAAUGUAGACAUUUCUUUUUGUUUCCUUA